AUGGCGGGACAACGCCGAGCCCUUCCUUCCACCAGCUCCGAUUCGGAAAACACGCCGCGAAAAUCACAGAUCUCGUCCGCCAUAGACCAAUGGGAGGUUCAGUACUCGCGGUUCGUUUGCAACAGCUCGUGCACCAAUAGCCGCACUCACCCCUCGCUGUCGCCCAUCCCCAAGCACCGCGCCGGGACCUGGAUAUCGGCCGCCGCCGCCUCUCUCAAGCUGGAGUACCGCCGUUCUUCCGACGGCGCGUGCGACGCGGUCAUCGUCGUCUCCAUCCCGCAUCACGUCCUCGUAAGUGCGAAAAUCACUUCAGUCGAGCUCGCAGAGGAGCACUAUGUGACCAAGAUGAAUUUCUCCUGGCCUCAAGUAUCGUGUAUAUCCGGAUUUCCUGCACGGGGGAGCAGGAGUGUUUUUCUGAGCUAUAAAGAUGGUGUUGGACAGGCAAGCAUAUGCUUGAGUACAUUAAUAGAAAUGUGUGAUUUCAUGCAGAAAUUCGCUCUACGGUUCUCUGCCAUCCACGAUUCAGAAGCAUUCAUGGCUCUUGUGAAGGAAAUCAUGGAAAGGGUAAAAACCGAGCUGCUUUCGGGCCCUGUAUUUGAAUCCAAUAUAUCAUCCAAACAUGAGAAGUGGAAAGCAUCAAAAGUCAAUAGUAGCCAAGUUAUGCUUCUUAGCUCUAAACUCAAUCAAGCUAAAGAUUCAGAAUCUCUUGAAAGGAUUGUAGACAAUGAAGCUGCCGAGGCAGUGCCUGUGCUUCCUUCAAGUUUCUCACAGUUAAUGAAGAACUGUUGCCCUGCAGUUUCAGAAGAAAAGCCAAAAGAACUUCAAGGCGAUCCCAAAAUCCAGUUCAUGAAAUACCUGGAGGGAACUUCUUUUACUGAUUUGUUGGCUACAGUAGAGGAUGUUAUCGCUGUCUUGGAAGGAGAUAUGGCGCUGUAGAUCUGCUGAAAAGAGGAGCCGCGGCCGCUUGAGUAAAACCAAACUUUUAUUAGAGCUAAUAUUCAGUGCAACAAGUUUAUCAAUGUAACUCUCUCCUUUUAUAUCAUUACAAAAUUUUCUCUCUGCCACUAUGUGACAGAAAGAAGAAAAAAAAAAAAAGA